AAAAUAACACGCGUAACCCAGAAACUAGCAGUAAGUUUCAUUUAUUUACUCAAAGUGAAAGGUGGAAAAGAAAAUGUUUUUAAAAACCGUGCUAAUACUAUUGAGUGUGGUUGCUGCAUCGACGGCCCAGAACUCUACAACUAAUGUUACAACCAUACGGAUAGAUGAUUACAUUGCUGCCAAUAAGCGAAAUUUUGAAAACACCAUCAGAGAUUGUAAUUACAAAUUGUUAGCUUUCGAAGAGCUCUACAAUGGGCGUCUGGAUACAAUCGAUAUUCAAAAGGAUUUGUUGGUCGACACAUUAAGGUCGAACAAUGAACGUUUGAGUACUUUGGCAUUUUUAAGCGAUUCUAGCAAAAGUUGCGUUAACAAAUAUCAAAACUCUCUGCCAACAGAAUACAAUGUUACAGUGACAAUUCAAAAUUGCACUUCGUCGGCUAAAAAUGCCUACAGAACUUUGGUAACGGAUGCCCGCGAGACUCGCAGCAAUUUGGAAUAUUACUACGACGUUACGCUAAAUGAAGAAUUGAAAAAAUGUGGCAAUAGUUCGAAUGUGACGGCGCAGACAAAUUACACGCUCUGUGUUACCACGGUGAUCGACACUGCGAAUGUGUAUGCCUUUGAAAAUCACAAAAUAUUUAAUAGCCAAAUGGAAGAGGCGGCCUGCUCAGCCAAUACUCAGAUCAAAAAGGCACUGGAUUGCAGUUUCAACAGUCAAGGCAAUGUCUUCCAAGCAAUUUCUGCAACAAAUCUCCAAGUGAACAUGUGUAUUCAGGGAACUAACAGCGCCGCCACUUGCCCUGGAUACUAUUGCCAGAAUGUUGAACGUGUGCCUGCCAGUGCUGUCAAUCCGAAGAAUCAAACAAUGCCAAAUCCUUUCUAUGGUCGUAAUGGAACUACCAGUUGUUUGAUGUUGGAUAUCGUUUAAGCAGGACAAUGAGUUUUUUUCGACAAUAACAUACAAAUGAGUUGAGGAAGUGUACUAGAGAGGCGAGAACAUAUAGUAAUUUUAUGAUAUUUUUCAAGAUAAUAAAUAAUCAAUAAAAGAAAU